AUGGCGUUGGCAGUGCCGGUGUGGUGGGAAGGUCAUGAGAUUGCUGGUCCCAUACAUGGCGUUGGCAGUGCCGGUGUAUGGGAAGAUGCCGGUGUGGGGAUGAUACCGUCUGCGCGCGUAGGACUUGAUAUGAGAUUUGUGAGCUACACGUGGCGUUGGCAGUGCCGGCGUGUGAGCUUUGGAGUUCCGUCCCCCGGUUGGACUACUCAUCCCUGGACGCGGGUUCUGGUUCGAAAAUCCUGCGUACCAGCCAACAAUCCCCCGGUUGGAUUGUCUUCCCCGGUACAUUAG